AUGAUGAGCCUCCAGGUCAAGUGCCCCUGCGGCCGCCGCAAGGUCACGCUCGCCGUCGCGGAGGGCCGUGAGCCCACGCAGCAGUCGCUCGAGUGCGACGCGACCUGCCUGAAGCAGCAGCGCGCCCGGCAGCUCGCCGACGCCUUCGGUGCACCGCCCGAGGCGCAGGGCCACCUCUCGGUGUGGGAGCGCAACCGCGACUUCAACUACCCGCCCGAGCUCAUCGCGUUCGCGCGCACGCGCCGCGACUGGGCGCAGGACGUCGAGGGCCGUCUCUCGGCGUUCGUGGAAGCCGGUCCGUCCGCGCGGCGCGUCGCGCUGCCCGCGAUGCCCAAGGCCACGCGGCGCCUCGUCCACAUCCUCGCGGAGCAGUACGGCCUCACGUCGAUGUCGCACGGCCAGGGCACGCGUCGUCACGUCGAGCUAUACCGCGGCGCCAACGCGGGCCUGCCACGCAAGUCGCUGUGCCAGGUGGCGCAGGAGACGACCCCGGAGGAGCUCGAGCGCCUGCUCGCGGAGGUCGAGGCGCGGUGCUUGUACCUGACGUCCGUUGAGCCCGACCUCAACCCUACAGCUUACCUCCGGGAGUUUGCGGAACGCAUGGUGGUCACGGGGGGCGGCAGCAGCGAGCUGCGCUGCCUCUUCGAGACGCGCGCGGACGCAGAGAGCGCGGCCGCGGCCCUCGGCGGCGGCCGCAAGGGCAAGUUCGUGCUCGAUCGCACGCGCGGGUGGUGCGCGACGCAACCUAGCACGGCGGCGAAACGCGACGUGGCGCCGUCCGGCGACGCUGAGCGGCCGCCCGCGGGCGGAGCGGCCCAGAGCAAUCCUCGCGGGGGGUUGUCCGCGUUUGACAUGCCGUCGGAGCCGGCGGCGGCGGCGGCAGCGUCGCAGCGUCAGUUCCUGGCUGAGCUGCCGCCCGACAUCCGGGCGGAGGUGUCGCGGCAGCUGCACGAGCAGGUGUCGCACCUGGCGGCCGCCGAGGAGGCCUCGGGCGCGGACGGCGGCGCGGGGGGCGUCCCUGCUGCGAGCGAUCUUGCGGAGCAUCGCGGGGGCGCUAUGGACGACUGGGAGGCGCUACUCGAGUCCUAG